CAACCACGAGUUGCUUGCAAGUUACAGAGAGUUUCAGAGCCAGCAACGAACCACACGCAUGGGAUCCUUGGGCCCUGCCGUGAGCGUGAGCAUGGGCAAGGCCAACGGCGGCGGCGCGGCCGUCGGCGGCCAGCAGCAGCAGCAGCAGAAGAUGGAGCGCGGCGUGUUCAGCUGCAGCUUCCGGAUGCCGCUGCACUACCCGCGGUACAAGAAGGCGGACUACGAGGCGAUGCCGGAGUGGCGCGUCGACUGCCUGCUCCGGGAGUACGGCCUCCCCGUCGCCGGCGACGUCGACGACAAGAGGCGCUUCGCCAUGGGCGCCUUCCUCUGGCCCGGCCAGUACUGAUCCACCUUCCUACACCUUAAUUUCCACUCGGAGCAGAGGCCGACCAACAGGCUAGCAGAGACUGAUCAGCAAUGGCAGCAGCAACAUCACAUGCCCGGCGCGCGGCGGCCAUGUAAUGUGUGAAGACCUCGUGUAUUGUAGUUCUUAAUUAUUAUCUGCCAUCUAAUCGUAAUCUCCCUAGAGAAGAUAUGUCUCUUGGACUAUAUAUAUAUAUAUAAGCAGUGGAAGAAUGUGUUGUCUCUGA